ACAAGCAAGAAGCUAGGGAGCAGCUGCCGAGCAGCCAAAGCCUGUCUCUAACCACCGAUCAAUUCUUUCUCGCUUACCAACACCUUUCAGUUCUUGCUCCAAUGGCGGCCCCCAAGUCCGUCGAGCGGCUGUGGCAGCGCCUGGUGACCCCGGCAGAGCCGACGCCGGCCGGCCCGCUCCGCCUGUCCUGGCUCGACCGGUACCCGACCCAGAUGGCGCUCAUCGAGUCGCUCCACGUAUUCAAGCCGGCCCCUGAACGGGACAGCGACGGCGCGGGUCCGGCGAGGACCAUCAGGCGGGCGCUGGCGCAGGCUCUGGUGCAGUACUACCCGCUCGCCGGCCGCCUGGGGUUCACGGACGACGGCGGCCUGCUGCAGGUGGACUGCGGCGGCGACGGCAGCGGCGUCUGGUUCACCGAGGCCGAGGCGGCAUGCGGGCUCGAGGACGUGGAAUACCUGGAGCACCCCAUGAUGAUCUCCAAGGACGAGCUGCUCCCGCCCACGCCCGCCGCAGAGAAGGACGAGCGUAAGCUCGUGCUCCUCGUCCAGGUUACCACAUUCGCCUGCGGCGGCUUCGUCAUCGGCUUCCGUUUCAGCCACGCCGUCGCCGACGGCCCCGGCGCCGCGCAGUUCAUGGCCGCCGUCGGACAAUUCGCCCGCGGGAACAGUGCCGCCACCACAGGGGAGCCGCAGUGGGGUCGCGAGGCCAUCCCGAACCCGGCCACCGCCGUCAUCGGCAGCCUGCCGAGUCCCGAGGGCGCCAAGAGCCUCGAGUACCUCGCCAUGGACAUCUCCGCCGACUACAUCGCGCACUACAAGGCCCAGUACAACGACGCGUCACACGGGGGCUCGUGGUGCUCGGCGUUUGAGGUGCUGGUGGCCAAGGCGUGGCAGAGCCGCACCCGCGCCGCAGGCUUCGAGCCGGACUCCGACGUCCACCUCUGCUUCGCCAUGAACGCCCGCCCGCUCCUGCACGCCUCGCUCCCGCGCGCAGGCGCCGGGUUCUACGGCAACUGCUACUACAUCAUGCGCGUCUCGGCGCCCGCCGGCAAGGUGGCCGGCUCGUCGAUCCCGGACGUGGUGAAGAUCAUCAAGGACGGCAAGAGGCGCAUGCCGGCGGAGUUCACGCGGUGGGCGACAGGUGAGGCCGGCGCUAACGGUGGCGUGGACCCCUACCAGAUCACGGCGGACUACCGGACGCUGCUAGUGUCGGACUGGUCGCGGCUCGGGUUCGCCGAGGUCGACUACGGCUGGGGGCCGCCGGCGCACGUCGUGCCGCUGACGAACCUCGACUACAUUGCCACGUGCAUACUCGUCAAGCCGUGGGCACACAAGCCUGGGGCACGGCUGAUCACCCAGUGUGUGACACCCGACCGCGUCGCGGCCUUCCACCAGGGAAUGCUAGACAUGAACUAACCUCACCGGAGCCGAGCAGGACGAAGAAGAAAAUAAGGGAGUUGAUUUGACUGCGUAAUUAGAUACACGGUCGCAUUGGAUUUGUUCUAUGGGUCUUCUUGACUUUUCUUGGUGGUGGUGUUUAGUUUAACUGAAAAUAUAAGCAACUGAUCCUGAAUUUGUGGAGUUGAUUAAUUAUUGUGUUUGGUGGGAAGCCACCAACUAAACUUGUAAUUCGUGGGAUAAAAAUUAUGAUCUGAUUCAUCAGUUAAGCGA